AUGUCUUCUAUUGUCUUUGUAACCGGUGCGACAGGGAGACAGGGCUCCGCAGUUGCCAGACAACUCCUUGACAUAGGCUGGACUGUACGCGCCACAGCUCGCAACAUGGAGUCCCUCAACGCAAAGGAGCUCCAAAGCAUGGGCGCCAAAGUGAUUCCUGGUGACUGGGAAAACGAAAAAACUAUCAAGGAAGCCAUAGACGGAUGCACUCAUGUAUUCUUGAACGUGGUACCCAACCUUGCAACCUUCACCUCUGAAGUCCCUCACGCUAAGCGAAUCCUCGAUAUGGCGAAGCACACUGGCGUCAAACACGUUAUUUACUCCAGCGGCAUGGCCAUAAAAGAUCUUGAAAAGGGACAAUACCACGAUCCGAACCACCCGGUUUGUCGGGGACAUGGCUGGAAACGAGACAUAGAGAAUCUCGUCCAAGAAGCUGGAUUUGAUGCCUGGACAAUUCUUCGACCUGGGUUCUUCAUGUGCAAUCUUCUUGAACCGAAGGUGAACAUGAUGUAUCCCGAUCUCAUACGUACCGGCAUAUUGAGGACGGCUUAUACACCCGAAACACGUCUCCCGCAUGUGGAUGUGGAGGAUAUUGCAAAGUUUGCCGUUGCUGCAUUCCGUGAGCCAGAGCGUUUCAACAGGCAGUUUGUACCAAUUGCGAGCGAAAAGCUCUCCCUUGUUGAGAUCACACGACAACUAGGGGAAGCGACUGGGAGGGAUUUAAGAACCUCAUUUUUAGCCAAUAAGGAGAUUGAAGAGAAGAUGGCAACAGACUUUUUUGUUGCCAUACAAGUCAUGGCUCGAGACCUGGAGAACAAGGUCGAUAUCGAUGAUGUUCAGAGAUGGGGAAUUCCUUUGACUUCGUUUGCUGAGUUUCUCAAAAGGGAGGAAUCCUGGGUUAAAAGCAUAUACACCUGA